AUGAUCGACGAUGGUACCGGGGCCACCUACACCUAUGAGGAAGUCAUGCAGAUGUCAAGUUCCAUAGCCCACAGCCUUGUUCGGACAGGGGUUUCCGUCGACACUCUGGUCCCUCUAAUGGCUUCAAGAGGUGUUGAGAUGAUCUUGGGCAUUCUUGGCAUCAUUCGAACCGGAAGUGGCUAUGUCCCAUUGGACCUGCACUGGCCAGACGAUCGGCUUGAAGAUGUGCUGCGCCAAUGCCGGUCGAAGGUGGUCCUGGCAUCGUCUGAUUGCCACAAGAAGCUCGCCCAGAUUGCUCUCCAGGCGGAGAUCUCGCAUGUUCUGGACAUUUCGAUGAGUGCAGCAAGCGGUGGUUCCUUGGAAGAUCGUGGCUCUGGCAGCACGCUUGUCUACACCUUCUUCACCUCUGGCACUACUGGGAAGCCCAAAGGAGUAAUGGUGGAGAACAAAGGACUCGUGCACCGAAUCCACUGGUUUCAACAGAAGUGGCCGCUCCAGCAAGGAGAAGGUGUCGUCUCCAAGGUUGCGUACACCUUCGGUUUAUCCGAGUGGGAGAUCUUUUGGCCACUGGUCGCUGGAGCUACGCUGAUCCUGGCACCACCAGGUGGAGAGAAAGAUGCCGACUAUCUCCUGCGCCGCGCCUGCAACGCGUUCGUUCCACCUGAGCCUAAGGAGGAUGCAAGGCUGCUUCCCGGCAGGGGGCCUCCCGACCUGGUUCACUGCGUGGCAGCGCACGUCUUUGUGCCCUCCAUGCUUCAGAUGGUUCUGGACAAGUACGAUGAGCUUGAGGAAGAGGACUUGCAGCGCAAAGCCGGGGAGCAUCACGAGGAAGGCACCUGGUGGCACCACUCCAAGGCUCGGGAAGUGAUUACCUGCGGGGAGGCGCUGAGCCCGGCCCUGGCACAGAAGAUGUUCUCUCGAUUCCACUGCACGCUGACCAACUUGUACGGCCCUACAGAAGGGGAGAUGAGCUAUUGGGACGUUCCGCAGGGCCGUGCGCUGCUGCGUGUCUCCGCUGGUCGCCCAAUGGAUGGCUGCAAGGUGGUCCUCACCGAUUUGAGGGACCAAAAGGCCGUCGGGGGCCUGGAGCCGGCGGAGAUCGCCUUCGGAGGGCCCUUCAUUGCACGCGGCUACCUGGGAAGGCCGGAUCUGGAUGCCAAAGCCUUCGUCAGUGACUUUACGGCCAAGCCUCACAAAGGUAUUUCUUCCAAUGGACUCGGUGCCACAGAAGAAAUUUGCAAUGCCCCAUUGCUUGGAAAGACGGUAUCCAAUGCAUCCAGUGGGUCGGACUCUACACGCAAGCAGCAACCUGACCGUCUCUACAUGACAGGCGAUCUUGGUCGAUGGCGCGCCGGUGGUGUCAUAGAUCUGCUCGGGCGGAAAGACUUCCAAGUCAAGCUGCGGGGCUUCCGCAUUGAACUUGGAGAAAUUGAGGCUGCUUGCCGAGCCGCGGGGGCACGAGCAUCGGUCUGCCUGCUGCGGAAGACCAGCAAUGGCACACAGGCACUGGUUGCCUACUAUGAGCCAGGUCAGGACCAAGAUGUGCCGGAGACGGCGGUUCGCAAGUCCUGCCAGAAGUCGCUGCCGCCAUACAUGCAGCCGCAGAGCAUUGUUCGCAUGGACAAGCUUCCCCGGAACACGAACGGCAAGAUCGAUCGGAAGAUGCUGCCAGAGCCCCCUGCUGUGGUUGCAAGCCAGACGGAGGAUGCUGCGCCAGAGACACCAGUUCAGAAAACCACCGCAGCGGCAAUUGCUGCCGUUCUAGGCCUCCCCGUCGAGACCGUGCAGUUGGACUCUGACUUUCAAGAACUGGGAGGAAAUAGCCUAUUGAUGGGGAGAGCCAGCUCUGCCAUCAAGAAGGCCUUCGGCCUUGCCACCUUCAAAGGAACCACAGUGUACCAACUUGGCACAGUCCGACGUAUCGCGGCAGCGGUCGAAAGUCUCCUUUCCAAGCAAGAGGCAGAUGCAGGCCAACUGCAAACAGAACCCUCAGGAGCCUUGGCACUGCAGCCGCAAAGAACUCCUUUCAGCUCCUCCUCACCAUCGUCUCUUUUCAUACAGUGCGUUAACGUCUUCUGCAUGAACUUUUUGUUCCAGAGUCAGGCCUGGUCACCGGUCUGGUGGGCAGCCUGGUUUAUCUAUGAGUAUCACGGGCGCACGGCGCUUUUCCUGUACCUCCCGUUUGCUGCCCUCCUAGAUCUCGUGAUGAUGUUUUGUGCUGUAGUUCUGCUGAAGUGGUUGAUCAUCGGCCGUGUGAAGCCAGGUACUCUGAACUUGUGGUCUGCAGAGUACUAUCGAUGGUGGUUUGUGAACACGCUUCUGAACCACACCCUUAAGAUGGCCAUGCCUCUCUUUGCUGAUACAUCGAUUGCCAGCACUGUUCUACGAGCCUUAGGUGCAAAGGUGGGUGCCGGCGCCAAGAUCGGAGUCUUCGCUGUGCAUGACCCAGACCUUCUGGAAAUUGGUGCGAACGCGACAAUCGGCAAGAAAGCCAAGCUGGCCACUUCCAGCGUGCUGCAUGGCAAGGUCCACUUGGGCCCCAUCCGAAUAGGCGACCGAGCAGCUGUUGGCCCAACAGCAGUCCUGGCCCAGGACACAGUGGUGCCGGCCGGCAAGGCCGUGCUGCCAUUGUCGACGAUGCCAGGCUGGCACGGUCCGGUGGGCUCAGUGGCUUUCAGGGACGCUCAGCCGCCACGUACCUCUGUGGAGUUCGAUCGGAGACAGAAUCUCCUCCGUGUCCUGUUCGGCAUGCCUGCCGUCCUCAUGGCCGAAGUUAUUCCGUACUAUCUUACGUACUUUGUGCUGGUGUGGACGUACGAUGGUUUAUAUGCCAGCGACAAGUACACAGCAUUUGCCAUCUGGAGUGUUCUUUUGUCUUGGAUCUACGCGCAUCCAAUGUGGUUCUUCCGCCUCGUCGUGGUCAUUUUGCAGAAGCGAUUGCUGAUAGGUGACUUUAGCACGCAGGGGCAGGAGAUCAGCCAUUGGAAUGAGUGGAAACACUGGAUUCACGCUCGCGCAGUUGAGUCGCACGAUUUUGAGGAAGCUUGCGAGAUGUUUACCAACACAGAGAUGCUCUCCUACAUAUACCGUGCGCUCGGCACCAAAGUUGGGAAGCGCGUUCAGAUUGACCAGCUAAGCUUUGUGGAGAAUGACUGCAUCACGAUCGAUGACUACGUCGUGUUUGGCAGUGAAGUCAUGCUGUACACAGACACGCAGGCGCCCUGGGUGUCCGAGGAGUACGGCAAGAAGUUGCAGAAGAAGCGAGGAUCCAAGCAACGCUACGCGGACAUCCACAUCUGCCAAGCAGCCAACGUUCUGGACCAUUGCUCUCUGCUUCCAGGGGUUACGGUGGCAGAGCGUGCGGUGCUUGGCACAUGCACACUUGCCUCUGCGGGCAGCUACUACCCCCCGCUUGCAAUCCAUUCUGGCAGCCAGCGAGGCCGCUCGAUGCAUCUGCGGGACUACUUCGCCACUCCAGCCAUGAGGGACCUGGAAGACAAAACCAUGCAAGACCUCGACAGCCCUCUCACAUGGUGGAGGUUCAAUCUUGUGAUACUUGUGGUCAUUUUGAUAGCAAAUCCAAUUCCAGAAGCCGCAUGGGUUCUGACCUACUUUGGAGUGACGUCAAUCUGGGACAUUGACGACGGUUCCCUUUUGACCCUGUUGGUCCUCACUCCAGUUGUUUACAACGUGAUAGAAUUCAUUCUGUUACUUGCCAACAUUGCGCUGAAAUGGAUCAUCGUUGGCAAGUACAAAGCUGGAGAGUACAAGUUUUUUGGCAGCUACCACAUGCGAUGGAUGAUUAUGAUGAUCUGUGGAUCAGGCAUUUCCGCGCUUCAGGAUUGCCUUCACGGUACCAUAUUCGAGGUGUGGGUUGCCCGGGCCUGCGGUGCCAAGGUCGGCAAGGAUUGCUACUUGGCAGGGCUUAUGGUCGAGUACGAUUUGCUGGACAUAGGUGAUCACGUGUCCAUCGGCUCUGGGUGCGAUACUACCGGUCACACUGUAGAGAACAUGGUGAUCAAGCUCGCUCCGACUAGGAUAGGAGAUGGAGCAGCACUUUUGCCAGGCAACUCGGCUGCCGUAAAAACUCUUCGGUAA